AUGGGCGAACUUCCAGACUUUCGUGUCAAUCCAAAUUCACGAGCCUUCGUACAUACCGGUGUCGAUUAUGCGGGUCCGUUGCUUGUUCGCAUAGCCAAAGGUCGUGGCCACAAAUCACAUAAAGCAUAUAUCGCGGUAUUCAUUUGUAUGACCACCAAAGCCUUACACUUAGAAUUAGUUUCCGAUUAUUCAACUGCGUCAUUUUUAGCUGCGUACCAACGCUUUCUCGCGCGCCGCGGAACUCCGACUUCAAUGUACUCCGACAACGGUACCACGUUUCAAGGCGCUGAUAAAGAAAUGACUGCAUCCUUUCAAGCCGCCAUUCGAAAUCCUGAAUUUCAAAAUUAUUUAGCUACCGAGAGCGUGUCGUGGCACUUUUUACCUCCAGCGGCACCUCAUUUCGGCGGCCUUUGGGAGGCUGCAGUCCGCAGUGUCAAGCACCACCUUAAACGUUCGAUAGGCACUCACACGCUUACAUUUGAAGAAUUAAGUACGCUGUUGUGUCGAAUCGAAUUGUUCCUCAAUUCCCGACCGAUUGCCGCUGUUACCGAUUCGAUCGAAGAUUAUUGCGCGCUAACCCCAGGUCAUUUUCUUAUCGGCUCCACCUUAAUCGCCGCUCCAGAACCAAGCGUCCUCGAAUUAGCGGAGCAACGAUUGUCUCGUUGGCAACUCGUUCAACAAAUUAGCGAACGCGUCUGGAAAGCGUGGAAAGAUACGUACCUCCACACCUUGCAACAACGCCCGAAAUGGCGAUCCGUUCAAAAUUUAGCUACCCAAGGUCGUAUGGUCUUGAUCCGCGAUCCAUUGGCGCCCCCAAGUCAUUGGAAGCUUGGGCGAAUUGCACAAUGCCAUCCGGGCAGCGAUAAUCUGACUCGCGUUGUUACCGUCAAAACCGCCGAUUCCGAAUAUAAGCGCCCGAUUACGAAAAUCUGUUUUCUGCCGGUCGACAUCAAUCUCGAUCAAGAACAGUCUGCCAUGGCGGGCGGUAACAAAUAA